GACCUGGGGUUGCGGCGCGGGGCGGAGGUCGGCGGGGAGGGCGUGGGCAGCGCCGCGGCAGGAGGGAAGCCUCGCGAGAGAGAAGCCUCGUGCACCUCCUGCGGCCUGUUUUUUAAGGCUCUUCACUAAACGCUUUAUUCGCCUUCAGCCUCUGAAUCUUCGCUGCAGGGCUGUGAGUCCCACAAAAUCAAAGUUUUCAGUUUAGAAAAUGGACAGAAGGAUGUGAGGAAGAAGGACCCUGCGUUCCUUUAGGAUCCUAGUUUCUUGUCUGCAGCAUCAGAGGGCUGGACAGACGCCUUGGUCCUCAAACUGUGGUUAGUAUGUUAAGACUUCAGGACCCGCCAGGAGUUAAUGUUUGAACCUGGCCAUAAAGGAAUUGACAGCCACUGACCUCUGGCCGCUAUUCGAAGGGAAGGGAGCCCCCUAUAAAACAGCCCGCAGUGGACAGUCUGUUCAGCAGAGCUGCAGAGCUACAGACCAGUCGUGGAGAGGGAGCUCUAGCGCCACCAUGAACUUCACCGGCAAGUACCAACUGCAAAGCCAGGAAAACUUUGAACCCUUCAUGAAGGCAAUCGGUCUGCCAGACGAGCUCAUCCAGAAGGGGAAGGAUAUCAAGGGGGUGUCAGAAAUCGUGCAGAAUGGGAAGCACUUCAAGCUCACCAUCACCACUGGGUCCAAAGUGAUUAACAACGAGUUCACCCUGGGAGAGGAAUGUGAGCUGGAGACAAUGACAGGGGAGAAGGUCAAGGCAGUGGUUCAGAUGGAAGGUGACAAUAAACUGGUGACAACUUUCAAAAACAUCAAGUCUGUGACCGAACUCAAUGGCGACAUAAUCACCAGUACCAUGACAUUGGGCAACAUUGUCUUCAAGAGAAUCAGCAAGAGAAUUUAAACAAGUCUGCAUUUCAUAUUGCUUUAGUGUGUACAAUUAACGUAAUAAAGUGAACUUUGUUUUUUUAAAAAA